AUGUCAGCUCCUCGAAACCCACCCUUCCGUGCAGAGCACAUUGGCUCCCUGCUUCGGCCAGACGAGCUUGUCAAAAAGCGAUAUGCUGUCGCCGAGAAGUCUACACCUCCAGAAGAACUCAAGCCCAUCGAGGAAAAGGCUAUAAAGGACAUCGUCAAGCUUCAGGAAGAAUGUGGAAUCCACAGUAUCACCAAUGGCGAACACUCCCGCCACCAGUUCUGGGGCACAUUCUUCGAGACACUGCAAGGCAUGGAGGAGAUCAACCUUCGAGAGGGCGGCUACGACCAGAGCAUCUUCCGAGCAUAUGCCCCGGAUGUCAAGUCAUUCAUGCAUGCCAAGACUGUACCUAACCAGGUCACGAUCGCCACGGGCAAGAUCAAGCACACUGGCACGUCAAGCUUCUUGCCAGAGUUCGAGUACCUGAAGACGUUGGUUCCAGAAUCGGAGUGGAAGAAUAUCAAGCUCACUUUGACAAGCCCGUCGUGGUAUCACUUUCGUUACGGUCCGAAGAAGGCAUACGUCGAUGGAGCGUACCAGAACGACGACGAGUACUUCGCCGACGUGGCCGAAGCUUACCAGACGGAGCUGAAGAUCUUGUACGACGCAGGCUUGCGGAACGGCCAAGUCGAUGACCCCAACCUUGCUUACUUCUGUUCGGAGGCCAUGCUGGAAGGCUGGAAGAACGAUAAAGAAAACUUCCAAACGGCCGAGGAACAGCUCGAUGCUUACAUCAAAUUCUACAACCAGUGUCUCGAACGACCGUCUGACUUCCAUCUGGGCAUACACCUAUGCCGCGGGAACUAUAUUAACUCUGCCCACUUCGCUGAGGGCGCCUACGACAACAUCGCCACAAAGCUCUUCAACAACCUCAAUGUGUCCACAUAUUAUCUGGAGUACGAUACUCCCCGUGCCGGUGGCUUCGAGCCGCUGAAGCAGCUACCAAAGAACAAGAACGUGGUGCUUGGUGUAGUGACCUCCAAGUUCCCGGAGCUCGAAAGCCAGAAAGAAAUGGUCGAGCGUGUGCACAAGGCUGCAGAUUAUGUGGCCGAGGGAUCAGGGAGUAGUCGCGAGGAAGCCCUGAAGCGUCUAAGCGUAUCGCCACAAUGCGGGUUUGCUUCACACGCCGAAGGCAAUUCUCUGAGCCAUGAAGACAUGCGUAACAAGCUGAAGCUGAUCCGCAGCAUUGCCGACGAGGUCUGGCCAGGUCAAGCUUAG